AUGGCCGCAAUUGCAGUAGACCAAACCCCCAAAACCACUGUUAGGGGCACUGAACAAAGAUCUCAAGUUCACAACGCGUCGCCUUCGCUGCCUUUUGAGGCUUUUGAUGUUCCGAGUCAGCAGGACACCGCCGACUUUGGGCUGCCGUGGUCGGCAAGCUUUCCUCUCGGACUUAAAGCAAGCAAGACCCUCAAUCUCUCCGAAAGCAUUCAUGCGAUCAAAAAUUUCGCCCAUUCUGGGAAUCUGAGCAGUCUGAUCAAACAACAUGGGGGAGCGAUUCUUAUUCGUGGCCUCCCGAUAGGAACACCUCAUGACUAUAGCAAGGUCGCGCACGCAUUUGGCUUUCGUCCUCAUGUAGAGGUUGGACGUCCGCCACUGCGGACCAUUCUGGCUCCUAAUGUCAAGACAGCAAACGAGGGUGCACUCCAAAUUCCAGAAUCCGGCGGCGCCACACCCAUCACCUCAGCUAUCUACAUUGCUCAUAAGUUGUCACGUCUCAAGCCUCAGUUCCUCUCGAACCUUCUGAACAAGGGUGUAAAAUACGUCUAUCGCUACACAACCAAGCCACUCGUCUCCAACACCGGGACGAGCGUUCGUGGCGCUUACGGUCAGGAGGUCAGAGACGAAGAUGACGAAGCCGCGGCCCGACGCAAGAUAGAGGCUGAAGUUCGACGCCACAGCAACCGAUUCGAGUGGCACGACGACGGUAGCUUGAGCGUGACGCAUAUUGUCCCUGCCGUUCGCAUCCAUGAUCCUACAGGGGCAACUGUAUUCUUCGGCAAUGUCACCUCCGCCUGGGGCCGUAGUCGCCAUCAUGGUGCGACAAGACCUCCCUUCCGCGGCGAUGACGGGUCGUAUCAUCCUCCUCCGACAUAUGGCGAUGAUACGCCCAUCGAUGUUGAGGACUUGGACCUGCUGCUGAAACUCGCGGAAGAGGGUGCCGUAGAUGUCGAGUGGCAGAAGGGAGAUCUGGUGCUUCUUGAUAACUACGCCGUGAUGCACUCCCGCAAGCCGUGGAAGGGGCAGCGCCAGGUCCUCGCUGCUCUGUGGGACGAUGACGGAAGGAUCAGGGAUUUUCCAGAAGGCUUGGAACUGCUGAAAGGUAGUCCUAGGGUCCCUCGGACGGAGUUCGAUGAGAAUGAAGGACGUUGA